AUGUCCUGCGCCCUAGAAUCGCAAUGGACGGCAAUGUUCCGGCGCAAAGACGAGCGCGCCAUCCGUGCCAUCCAGACCGCCCUGCACUGCUGCGGCUUCAACUCGCCGCAUGAUCGCGCGUGGCCGUUUCCGAGCCGUGGCGUCGACGCCCACGCGUGUGAGGUCGCCCUGGGGUAUGAUAGGCGAUGUGUUGAUCCGUGGCGUCGGCACGAGGUCCGCGUGGCCGUUAUGGUAGGCGUGGCAAGUCUGGUGAAUUGGCUCCUGGCGCAUCUCGUCGACAUGGCCUUGCGAGCAGACCGAGAUCCAGACCGGGACCGAGGCCGGCGCGGCACGAGCACUGGGAUCGGCGUCUACAGUCGCCUCCAACAUGCCGGUGUGUCGGAGCCUGCCCAGCCCGGAAACGAUAGAUUGCGGCUGCUGAGGGCAGUAGACGAGGAAGUAGACGGAGAAGCAGGCGAAGACGUAGACAGAUACGGCGACGGCGACCAUGACGAAGAAGGAGGAGAUGGACAGUCAGGCAGAGGCAAGAGUGGACAGGGACGGGCACGCGGACCCCAGUCUUAUUCGGGGACGGAAUGA